AUUUUUUAAAAUUAAUAUUACCGUGAAUGACGUGUCACUUCCAUUUAGUUGACGGUGAGUGCGGUUUUCAGCAUGAAGUUCCCUCCUGUCCUGCCUUCCCUAUUAAAUUAGUUGCUAGCUGGAGAUGUGCUCACUUCUGCCCGUACGCUUGGCGCAUACGUUUAGGGUGGUAUAUUGUUUUGACGCAGAUCUCCGGCAAGGGAUAAAAGCAAAAGUGAAAUGAGAAACACUUUUAGUUUUUUAUGAUGACCAUAAAAAUAACCAUGCAUGCCACACUGGAAGCUGCGAUGUACCGAUAUUCGAUCCUUCUUGUUGGAUUCGGCUUUAUUUAUUGCGGGGCAAUUGCACAAGACGUAUAUUCGGGGGACGAUUCCUUCAGCAUCAGCCACGUGAGCACGCGGAGGUGCCUCCAGGGUGAGGACCGGCGCGUGGGCGUGGCACACUGCACCAGCUUUGACCAGCAGCGCUGGAAGUGGGGCUCGGGCCACCGGCUUUUCCACGUGGCCACGGGCCGCUGCCUGGGCCUUGAGACGGACUCCAAGACCCUGGCGCUGCUCAGCUGUGACUCGGCAGGGGACAUGCUCUGGUGGCGCUGCAGUGGCGGCAUCAUCCACACUGCGUCCCAGGUGUCCCUGUCCGUGAUCGAUGAUACUGUCGCAGCCAGAAAGGGGUUUGGCGACCAGUGGAUGAGAGACAACUCGUCAGAAAGCAUUUGCCAGAGACCAUAUCAGGUUUUGUACAGCAUCAUGGGAAAUUCCUUCGGGGCAGCCUGCGAGUUUCCCUUUUACUACAAUGGCAGCUGGAGCCAUGGGUGCCUGUCACAUGGCCAGGACCGCCCCCUCAGCUGGUGCGCCACCACUGGCAACUACGAUGCCGACCAGAAGUGGGGUUACUGUCUCAGUCCGGAACAAUCCUGCGAUGUCCUAUGGGAGAACCAUGGUUCCGGAAGCUGCUACCAGUACAACCUUCAGGCGGCCCUGUCCUGGCACGAGGCGCGGGCUUCCUGUCGCAGCCAAGGCGGGGACCUGCUCAGCAUCUCCGGCCCCAAGGAACUCGCCUCCGUGUCUGCUCCAGCCAAUGCUAGUUUGCCUGAGCAGAUGUGGAUUGGACUGAAUCAGCUGGACAUGUCUCAAGGCUGGCAGUGGUCAGACAGCACCCCGCUCAAUUUCGUUAAAUGGGAUAAUGGGAUGCCGCUUACCUCCAUCUUGCGGGAGGCAGAUUGCGCAUUGAUGACCCCCAGGGGCUCCUGGGUGAGCGAGGCAUGUAGCAUGAGGCUGCCCUACAUCUGCAAAAAAACCCUCAACCGCACUCAGCCUGAACCAGCGGCACCACCAUUGGACAAGACCACCUCCUGUGAGCCAAACUGGAAACCUUGGGACGGCUUCUGCAUCAACCUGGUGAAGGAGGAGCCCCAGACCAUGACCGAGGCCCAGCAGUACUGCGAGAGGAGUGGGGCGGACCUCCUGAGCCUGCACAGCCUCAGCGAUGUGGAGGCGCUCAGCACGGAGCUCCACACAGGUGAUGUGUUUGAGGUGUGGACCGGCCUAAGAAGUGAAGCAAGCCCGUACCUUUUCAGCUGGACCGACAGGUCUCCAGUGUCUUUCACAUACUGGAGCAGGGAUGAGCCCCAGUUCCCCGAUGAAGGGAAACCCGCCUGCGUCUCCUACUUUGAAGAGUCCCACUUGUGGAAAGUGACUCGAUGUGAUGCUAAACUGCCCUUUGCGUGCAAGAAGAAAGGGGAAGUAAAGGAAUCUACUGAAAAAGAAGGGUGUCCUGACGAGGGCGAAUGGAAGAGACACGGUAAUGCGUGUUACAAGGUGGACACCAAUGUCGUCUUGUUCAAGGACAGGUGUGACCUGACCAUUAUGAACAGGUUUGAGCAGAUGUUCAUCAACAGCCUUAUCAAAGAGCACGUAACUCAUGAAUCAAAAUACUUUUGGACUGGGCUUCAAAAUGUUAAUGACACUGGAGAAUUCCAGUGGAUUACUAAAGAUGGCCGUCAGAAAGAUAUGACCUACAGCAACUGGAAUGCAUUUGAGCCAGCUCUAGCCAGCGGGUGUGUCACCAUGUCCACCAAAUCACUGGGUAAGUGGGAGGUGAAGGACUGUAACCAGUUCAAAGCUGCCUCAGUGUGCAAGAAGGACAUCAGCCAUCAGGAGGAUCCAGAGCCAGACCUUAGCCUCCCCUGCCCUUCCGGGUGGACUUCCAUGCCUGGUCUUCAAUACUGCUACAAGGUGUUCGAUAAAGUGCGGCUGACUCGCAAGCGGACCUGGGAGGAGGCCGAGCGCUUCUGCAAGGCCCUGGGAGCUCACUUGGUUAGCUUCAGCCACCUGCAGGAGAUGAGGACUAUUCAAGCCAUCCUGAAGUUCUCCAUCAGCCGAGAUCAGGACCACUAUUUCUGGAGUGGGCUAAACAGGCGAAGUGCCAAGUCCGAAAAUUCAUGGGAGUGGAGCAAUGGAAGACCAGUUUCAAUUUUCUCUGAAGAGCUUCAGGAGGAGGAUGAGUUCAACAGGGAUUGUGCAGCUUUCAAGAUCCACAGGAGUCAGUUCACCCGAUAUCACUGGUCCUACCACUACCUCUCCUGGGAACAGCCAGCCUACCUAUCCCCAUUUCACUGUGAUGCUCAGCUGGAAUGGGUCUGUCAGAUCCCCAGAGGCAAGAGCGAAAUAAUUCCUGAAUGGUAUAAUCCAGGAGGCCAUCACGAGACAUCAGUAUUGGUGGGUGGGAGAGAAUUCUGGUUCGUGGCCGACACGAGGCUCACCUACGAGGAGGCUGGCGAGUACUGCUGGAACAAUGGGAGCAAGUUGGCCGCUCCAACGACGUUUAACAUGAUGAGGCAGAUUGUGCAGAAAAUCUCUCAGAUUUCAGAAGAUGCGCAAAACUUAUUUUGGUGGGUGGACCUGAAAAACGCCAUGUACCAUUUUCCCUUCAGAUUCUAUUUCUACCAUUACCCCGGUUCCUAUGGUGGCUGCAGUGCUAUACAUUCAUACCAGCCUCCGAACUACAUGCAGUACUGCGAGAAUCGCCUUCCGUUCGUGUGUGAAAGGGUGAACGUCACAUCUGUGGAGAAGCUUCCCCCAGGGCCACAUCCAGCUGGCAUGUCAUGUAUCAACGGCUCCUUGACCUUCGGAGACAAGUGCUACACGGUGAUCAAACCCCGCUAUCUAUCAUUUGAACGGGCCAAUGAUUACUGCCAUUCACUGAAGGGCACCCUUCCCAUCAUUUCCAGCCAACUCGAGCAAGAUUUCAUCACAUCCCUUCUUCCUGACCAGCCCAUUAAGUUCUGGUUAGGCCUCAAAAUGAAUGCAACCAUGGGCUUGGAGUGGGUCGACAAGUCUCCAGUCACCUUUAUCAACUUUAACCCCCUAUUGGAUGGACAAUACAGACCUCUGGGAAGAGAUCUUCUAAAUCCAGGGGGUAGGGAAUAUUGCUCCUUUAUGAUCCGUGAUCCUCAUCCGGAAAUUAUGGGCACCUGGAACUACGUGCCUUGUACAGACUAUCAGUACGUCUCCAUCUGCCAACAUUACGCAGACAAACCGGAGCGUGUUCAGGUUCCCACGGGUCAGUUUAAGGUUGGCAACCAUACGUACAGAAUCCUGCAGGGGAACCUGACCUGGUCUAAGGCAAUGGAACAGUGUAAAGAACUGGACAUGAACCUGGCCAGUGUGACGGAGCCCUUCCAGCAGGCCAGCCUUAGCGUGACUGCCAGCAGAGCCAACAUGUCGCUGUGGAUCGGCCUGUACAGUGCAGAUAAUUACAAUUACAGAUGGACAGACAACAGUCAUGUGACCUUUAGCCGCUGGUCUCCCGAAGCCACGAGCGGGCGAUGUGUCUACCUGGAUACCGACGGCUUCUGGAAGGCCGUGGAUUGCGAAGCUGAGCUGCCGGGUGCAAUCUGCCACAUCCCGCAAGCUGUGGUCACUCCAGAACAGGAUAAGAAACCUGUGAAUUGUCCUCAUGUCAGCGGUGGGCCCACAUGGGUUCCAUUCCGGAACAAUUGCUAUACGUUACGGGUGGAUUUUUCCCGGUGGGACAGCACUCCAAGGAUGGACAUGCGAGAAAUGUGCAGGAGACUAGACAAAAGCGCAGAGAUUUUAACCAUUCGAGAUGAAACAGAGAACGAGUUUGUGAAGGAACAACUCCUGCCUUUCAAAGAUCUAGCCCAGUUUGUUUGGCUUGGACUUUUCAAAGACGAAAAUGACAACAAGUUGAAGUGGUAUGAUGGCACCAAUGUCCAGUAUUCUAACUGGCCGGAUGGAAGACCAGACAUAACAGAAGACUUCAUGGUGGGCCUCAACCUCUAUGGGACCUGGGAAAAGGUCACAAAAUCGCUCUUUACUCAGUUCAAGAAGAGAAGCAUUGUGGUCUGUAAAAUUGACAACGACCCAAAACAGCAAUAUAGGACGUCUCUAGCAGAACUGGGAACCUAUGGCAACCUGAGUUACACCAUCAUCCAGAAGAAGCUGACUUGGUUUGAGGCUCUUCGUGAGUGCCAGAAGACCGGAGGCCACCUGGCCAGCGUCCAUGACUCCACCCACGACAGGCAUCUGGAACAAGUAUCCACAGUGGAUGGCUUCCCACUGUGGAUUGGCCUGUCCAGACAGCAGAUGAAUGGCUACAUGAUUUAUGAAUGGUCUGAUGGAUCCUCAUACAACUACAUUCCAACUGAGUUCUUGGACUUUGAAGACACAAAUAGCAGCUGCGUGUCGAUAAACAUGAACGGCUCAUGGAUACAACGAGACUGUCAGUCUCAGCAAGAAGGAGCCAUCUGCUACAUCAACAACAUUCAGAAUUCAGACCCCCAGCCCAUCUCUGCAUCACAUAGAUGCCCAGAGGGAAGCAACACAUCUCGGUGGAUUGAGUACAGGGACCACUGCUACGCAUUCGACAUGACGUUCUUCAACUACAGCAUCUACACGAUGGACAGUGCCAAGAGAGCGUGUCAGAGUCUUGAUGCAUCGUCUCAGCUCCUCACCAUACAGGACAGGGAGGAAAAUGACUUUGUCUCCAAGUACCUGUCAGAAAACCCCAUACUCACCAGCAGAGUCUGGCUCGGCAUAGAUGUCGACCCCUACGGUGAGCCAGUCAGCUGGUUGGAUGGUUCCAGCCUGCAGUUCUCUAACUGGGAUCUGACAGGUGAAACACACACGCACCUCAAAGAACGCUGCGCUGUCCUUUUGGCGGGAAAACAAGGGGCCUGGAAGCUCGUCGGCUGCAAGGACACACACAGUCGGAUCGUCUGCAAGAUGCCCAGCUGGUCAGAAAGAACAAAGGUAGUCCUCGCCUUCUUCCUCAUCAUUUUUAUAACGCUGGUCACCGCUUUGCUCAUCCUGCUGUACAGGAGGAACAGGUCACGGUUUUUUUCCACAGUGCGUUACCAAAGGCACUUUGACAGAGCUGACUGCACCAGCAUUGUAACACAGCUGGAGUAAGCAGUGACUUUCGCAAUCAGUCAAGGUGAAAAAGACUACAAAAUUUAAGCUUUUUUUUUUGUAUGUCCACUCAACAAAAAAAAUGAAUAAUAUCUGGUGUUACUAUGCAAUCAAUAUUUCUCGUGUGUUGUGGAAUAACUCGGGCGAAUACUUAAAACUCUAGAUUUUACAUGGUAAUAUUAAGUAAUGAUCAAGUGUAAAUAGUGUUUGUGGAAAAAAAAUGCGUAUUGCUCAUUCUGGUUUUUCUAUUCGCUACAACAAUGCUUUCAUCUUCAGUAAUGUCAAAGCCCCCUCCCCUAUCAAAACAAACACGGCUGAUUGUCUCCAUCGGUUAUUGUCUAAAUCCUGAUCCCCGUUUAAUCAUUUAAAAACAGAACGUGGUAUAAUCGUGAGUUCGCGUUCAAGCAUGAUCACACUGAAAGCUGAUUUCUAAAUUAAUGUCAAAGCUGAAAUGUAUUUUUCGUACCUUUUUAUGUGUUUACUUUUAUGUUGAACUGAUUUUGAUCUGUGAAUUGCAUCGAAUUGCACUUAAAUUGCACUAUUGUCCAGUUUUUCGUUUUCGUUUUGCACAUUUUGUAAAUAUUUUAUCUGUAGUCUUGGACGAGAAACUAAUUUAUGAAUUUAAAGUGAAAUUGAGCGACAACCGUAUACCCUCGACUUGUUACUAAUACUGGAAGCAUUUCUCUGAUUGUAAAUAAUGUUUUUUUUUAUUAUUUUCCUGUAUCAACUUAAUAAACACUGAAGAAUAAA